AGAUUAGGAGAAGGGCGGAGAUUAGAAUUCUGCGUUGGACUGUCCGUAUUUCUUCCUAAAAUAAAAGAACGGCAGUUAGUUUCAGCCGUCCACACCUCGAUUACUAACCGAUAACGUGUUAAAUUUGCAUUGGUGGUUGCAGAGAUUUUUCUGCAACCCGAUGCAGAGGAUGUGAACUCGUGUGAAACGCUCUAGCUUUCCAAACGACAUGCCAAAGGAAGAAUCAGUGUUAGCCUGUUGGAGCUUUCAGCGAUAAAAGUCGCCAUCGUCGGCAAUCGGCAAUAAUAACAAUCAAGAACUACUACUCUGGAAUUUUGCCCUUCUCGUGGUAGAAAUCAAUUUUUAUGGGUCCUAGGUCCUUGAUGAGUAUUGCUUUUUCUCCAUCACCUCAAGGCUCAAGGGAAUCUUUUGUUUGGUGCGGUUGCAGGCACAUGCUCUGACAGUUUUUGACAUCAGCCACUGUCAUGGAGCUUCUUCUGAUUUAGUUGUUACACAGCUGAUUUAAGGAACCUGUAACCGACCUGGGCUGGGUACUUGUGGUUUAUGGUUGCUGGAGUGGGCUCUGAUUACAGAUUGCUAUCAAAAUUCUCAGUCAUGAAGUUUUUCUGCUCUGGGCUGGUCAUCACCGCGUUUGAUUGGUGACCUAUGGUCUUUGGUUAUAACCUGCAAGUAGGGUGUUGGAAGUGAUUUGUCUAUAUGGGCAUUUGGGAAUUGGAGAAUAUAUUAUAUAUUGCUGGGUUUCAUUGAAAAUUGGUGGCGAAUUUUAUCAAACAUUAAACUCCAAAGAUAUGAGUUCAGUUCGGAGAUGGAUAUUGGGUCUGAUAUAUAUAUUUGCUGUUGCCACAAUCUGGAUUGCUGCCAGUUUUGUUGUUCAAUCUGUUGUAGAUUCUGGUGUUUCCCCAUUUCUCAUCACUUACAUUUGCAAUUCCUUGUUUGUGAUAUACAUCCCUAUUGUUGAGAUUUCACGCUUCUUGGAGAAUUCAUGGUUGUGGCAUGGUAAUAAGAGUAAUAAGCAUCUUCAAAGACUGGAGGAUUCUGAAGAAGUUGUUCUUCUUGGAGGGAAUGAUUUAAGUACGAAACAGGAUUAUUUGAACCCAUCUGAGCCCAUGGAACUAAGAGAAACUACUCUGCUGGAGAAGAGUACUAUGUCUGAACCAGGACUGGAACUGUACGAGUCUGAAAGGAUGCCUUUUCAAGCUAGUGGGCCAGAUUCAUCAGGAACAGUUAAGGUUGCUCAAGAUGCUAAUAAACAAUUAGAUGUGAGAGGACGUUGGACACGCACAAGAGUUGCAAAGGUGAGCCUGUUGAUUUGUCCUUUUUGGUUCCUCGCGCAACUCUGUUUCAAUCUCUCACUCAAAUUUACUACUGUGACGUCAAACACCAUCUUAAGCAGUUCCUCCAGUCUUUUCACCUUUGUAGUUUCUCUGUUAUUCUUGGGUGAGAAAUUCACAUGGGUGAAAUUAAUCAGUGUUCUUCUGUGCAUGGGGGGAACAAUAAUAGUCAGCUUGGGUGACUCAAAGAUGGGGUUAAGUGCAGUUGCUACAAAUCCACUUCUUGGGGACACCCUUGCUCUUGUUUCAGCAGGAUUCUAUGCGAUUUAUAUCACUCUUAUUCGUAAAAUGAUGCCUGAUGAUGAUGAUAAUGGUGAUCAUGUGAGUAUGGCUGAGUUCCUUGGAUUUGUUGGGUUGUUCAAUCUCAUUAUUUUCCUACCUGUUGCUCUUGUAUUGAACUUCACAAAGUUGGAGCCUUUCCAUGCUCUCACCUGGAACCAGUUUGGCCUUAUUGUUGGUAAAGGGCUACUUGAUAAUGUUAUAAGUGAUUACCUAUGGGCAAAGGCUGUUCUUCUGACAACAACGACAGUAGCAACGGCUGGCCUAUCAAUUCAAGUUCCCUUGGCAGCUUUGAUAGAUACUCUAAAAGGGAAUGCCCCUCGUCCCAUGGAUUACCUUGGUGCUGCAGCUGUCAUGGUUGGCUUUGCUGGCAUCAACAUUCCCUCUGAUGCUUGUUCCAGCACAAAGGAUGUGUUUUUAGAGGAGGACAAUGCUAAAAUGCCUGAUCACAACCAAAGCUUAUCGAUUAGUAAAGAUGCAGUUGCCAUCUCUUAGUGUGUGGCUGCUGAUUUCUCUUAAUAAUUUCUGCAUUCCAAACGCCAUAUUAAUUAACCUUCUCAUUCACAACAUCUUUGAGAAAUCUUGUAAGUAUUAAUUUUGUUCACAUGUACAAUUUUACAAUGAGUUAGGAUAGCAAAAGUUCUUAUAAAGGAUGUGUUUUUUAGAGGACAACCUCUUUCAAAUAUCAGAACCAUAUCUUACCAAUUUGUAAAGAUCCAGUUGCCAUCUCUUAGUGUGUCGGCUGCUGGUUUUUCUUAAUGAUUUCUUCAUUCCAGUGGUA